AUGGGAAAGAUCAUCUUCUACGAAGAUAGGAACUUCCAGGGGCGCUGUUAUGAGUGCAGCAGUGACUGUGCCGAUAUGCACUCCUACUUCAGCCGUUGCAACUCCAUUCGAGUGGACAGCGGCUACUGGGUGGUCUAUGAAAAACCCAACUACAUGGGCUACCAGUAUUUUCUGCACAGAGGAGAAUAUUCUGACUUCCAGCACUGGAUGGGUUACAAUGAUUGCAUCAGAUCCUGCCGCAUGAUUUCACCAUACCGAGGCUCCUACAGGCUGAGAAUUUAUGAAAGACCUGAAUUUGGAGGCCAAAUGAUGGAGUUCAUGGAUGACUGCCCAAAUGUCUUUGAUCGUUUCCGCUUCAACGAUAUUUUCUCCUGCAAUGUCACGGAAGGUUAUUGGAUCUUCUAUGAACAUCCAAACUAUAGGGGCAGACAGUACUUCCUGAGGCCUGGCGAAUACAGAAGAUUCAGUGACUGGGGAGGUUACAACUCAAACAUUGGAUCUUUCCGCCGCAUGAGGGAGAAGUUACUGUAG